AUGGCGGAUGCUGUAGGGGAAGUGCUUCAAGGCAGCUGGAAUCAGGAUCUAGCAGAUGCUCUUGACUUGGCAGAAUGUGAUCUGGACACGGAUCAGGACGGUGUCAUCCAGGUCCGAAACCUUUCCCCACCACAGCGGGCCAAGUUAUGGAUGAUUGCUUUGAACGUGUCUGGUAAAGGAGAUAGCCUGUCCUCAUGGGAUGGGGCUUUGGACCUUGCAGAACAGGCGCUCAUUCAUAGCCGCAGUCAGCAGAUUAUUGAUGAGCUGGGGAUACCAGUGGAGGAAGGGCGGGACCUGGUGUCAGAUGUGGAGUCAGUGAUCACCUUCUACUGCAAAUCCAGAAAUGUCACCUUCACUCCAGAUCUUAGUUGGCCACACAUCCUCAAACCACUCUUGGGCUUACAGCUGUCUCGCAGAGACCUCUACAACUGCUUCUACGCCAUUAUGAAUAAAUACAUCCCACGAGACUGUUUUGUGAAAGGACGGCCAUUUCACCUAUUCAGGCUCCUUUUGCAGUAUCAUGAGCCUGAACUCUGCUCCUUCCUGGAUACAAAAAAGAUCACUCCUGAUUCCUACGCCAUCAGUUGGCUGGGCAGUCUCUUUUCUAGCCACUGUCUCCCUGAGGUAACACAGGCCUUGUGGGAUGUUUAUCUUCAACAGGCUGACCCUUUUCUCAUCUUCUUCCUCUUGCUCAUCAUCCUUGUCAACGCCAAAGACAACAUUCUUUCCCAAGAAGGAGAUGGCAAAGAGGAGAUAAUCAAAAUGCUGGAGCUGUCCCCAUCAUUACUAGAGGCAGAGGACAUUGAAGACUUGUUCUCUUUAGCACAGUAUUACAACAGCAAGACGCCUCUAUCGCUUAGAAAGGAAAACCAUAAUCUGUUUGGCAGCAGUCUGGUUGCCCUAAAAGAAGAGGACAUGGACCUGAGUCAAGCACUCUGUCUGCCCGUAUCCGUCCCUGAGAUCCUGCAAGCCAACCAGCUACAACCUGAGGGUGUGAGAUUUUUUGUAGUCGACUGCCGUCCUGCAGAGCAGUACAAUGCUGGUCACCUUUCCACUGCCUUUCAUUUGGACUCUGACCUGAUGCUCCAUAACCCCUCUGAGUUUGCCCUGUCAGUGAAGUCUCUUCUGGAGGCACAGAAGCAGUCUCUGGAGUCGGGUUCUGUGGCCAGCGGAGAGCAUCUUUGCUUCAUGGGCAGUGGACGUGAAGAGGAGGACAUGUACAUGAACAUGGUGCUUGCCCACUUUCUACAGAAAAAUAAAGAGUAUGUGAGCAUAGCAAAAGGUGGAUUUAUGGCAUUGCAGCAGCACCUGGCAGAUAUUAAUGUUGAAGGGCCGGAUAAUGUUUAUGUUCACUGGAUUGUGAGCACCUCAGGAUCCCACAGUAGCCUCAGCUCAGUUGACGGGGAACUGAACAGUGCAGAUGGCAAAGGAGUUAAAUCACUUGUCAACAAAAUGACUUUUGCACUCAAGUCAAAGUCAGUUAAUGUGAAGGAGAAGAUGAUCAGCUUCAUUGAAAACACUUCCACACCGGUGGACAGAAUGUCUUUCAAUCUACCCUGGCCAGACAAGGGAAUACUGGAUCGGCACGUAAGCAGCAGUGAUCGGGUAGGGAAGCCAUACAGGGGUGUGAAGCCUGUUUUCAGCAUUGGAGAUGAGGAAGAGUAUGAUACAGAUGAGAUUGACAGUUCAUCAAUAUCAGAUGAUGACAGGAAAGAGAUUGUCAAUAUACAGACUUGGAUCAACAAACCAGAUGUGAAGCAUCAUAUUCCAUGCAAUGAAGUUAAGGAGACUGGACACAUGUUCCCAAGUCAUCUGCUGAUCACUGCAACACACAUGUACUGUUUGAGAGAGAUCGCAGCCCGAAAAGGUUUUGCUUACAUCCAGUCCAGGCAGGCCCUAAACUCUGUGGUGAAGAUCACCUCUAAGAAGAAGCAUCCAGAACUCAUCACUUUUAAGUUUGGCAACAACAAUGCUGCAGGAGUGGAGAUAGUGGCUGUAGAGAGGUAUUUAAUUCCAGACGCAGGUGACGCCACUAAAGUCAUCAAACAGCAAAUCAUGAAAGUUUUAGAUGCUAUGGAGAGCUCUUAGUGACCGAGACAUCAGAAAUGCUUCACUCUGGUCAUCCAGGAGACAGCCACAGCUCCAACCAAAACAGCCUGAAAGGGAAGGGGGUAGUAAAGCAUUCCCACACUUUUUUUUGUUUUGUUCUUUUUUUCUUGUCAUGAUCCUCCUCCCUGGGCAACACUGACGUGGAAUACUGUCAAGACUCUUUCUACACGUUGCCAUCAUGAUUGACGGGAGUUCUAAAGCUUUGGGCAUGGAGAUGUCAAUAUGAGCCUGCAUUAGAAAUGGUGAUUUUUGUUCAUUUUGCUUUGUGAUUUUGAUUUCUGAUUUGAGAAACUGACCUAAUUAAGCAAGUUAGAUUUGUUAUCUAUUUGUCUCAAGCCUUAAUGAGCUAUAGCUGUUUUAUAUGAGUCUCAAACAGGUCCUCUGAUUGAGAAAACAGUUUUGGAACCUCAAUCAAGGAACCUCAUUGCUCUUUUUUCUGCUUUAAUGUUUGAGGUCACUAAUUCUUUUGCUAUUCGAAGAUGUAAACAUCAUAUAUUGCUGAAUACUCAUGUAAACAUUUGACAUUUAUCAGAGCAGUGUUUUUACAGCAGACUAAUUCACCUGGAGCUUCAUCACAGACAUUGAGGUGAAUAUAUACUUAAUUUUCAUAUUUGGAAAGUAUGGUUGCUUACACAAGAGGCUGCGCCAGUCUGCCACUUAUACUUCCACACAACUCUGCUGCUAUCUGUAUUGAUUCACUAAAAUGCCCAGAAAUUGUUAACCUUUUGUUGGAUCACCUGGUUCCAUGAAGCUGUCUUGUUUGUUACUGUUGCUUUCAAGAUUAAAAAGAAAUGGGUUACUCAAUAAGCAAUGGCCAAAUUUACGAGAGAAUGUAUUGAGAAAGUUGAAGAUGCCAAUAAUUGAGUUAAAUGAAGUGAACCAGCAUCUGUUGAGUAUUAUGUGAUGCUGAAGCACUAAAGAAAAACUGGUUUGUGAAUCCAGUGUCCAUCAAAAUAAAUGUAUACAAACUAUGUACAAGUAUCAAACAUAAUCUAUACAUAAACCUUAAGAGAGGUCAAAUCAAUGUGAGGAAAAGUAACCUUAAGAACAUUUCUGGAAAUAGUCUUGUCAGUUUCACACUAUGCAAGUGCAAGUCUUAAAUGAGAAUGAUUCUUAACAUGACCUGUAAAUUAAGAUGUUCAUAGGAUCAUCCCCAAUGCUCAACUUUCCAACCUUUGUUUAUUGCCUGUUAAAACCACAGAAUGCUACUGAUAAUAUCUCCUGUUUAAAUAAAUUUGAAUGAAUCCUG